AUGGAACAGACCACCUCAUCGAACGACCCAGGCUUCUGCCUCAAAACCACCAUCAAUGCCGAGGAACCGCCACCCUACUCAGAGCAGAAAAAUUCUUCUCCAGACUUCGACUUUGACCAAGCCGCGCCUGCUGAAGUGGAAAAGCAGCCUCGAGCCAUAGACUGGAGUGACAUCGUGACCGCAUCCGCAUGGCCGCAGGUCAUCCUUGCGCUCCUCCACAUCCCGACUAUGCUCUUUCCGCAAAGUACUCUCUUAGACAUUGGCUUUCCGCAACCAUGGGUCCGCAAUGACCGCCUCUGCUUCAUCAGCGGUUGUUGUUUAGGCCCUGCUGUCCUCAGCUCCUUCCAAGGCAAUCACCUGGGCCGCAUGCUCCUUUACAAAGCGUUCUUGCCGAUCUUGUGGCAACAGCUCGUUGCGACGUACCUGGAAUCAACUGAGCUGGGGUGGUGGUGGAAGGAAAUGGUCGGGUGGGUCCUGGUCGUCGCGGGAGGCCAGCUCCUGAUACUCACGACGAACUUGUAUCUGGGAGAGUACGCGUGGCCCGAGGCAUCGCAGGAGGAGCAGAGGAAAACACUUGAGAAGUCGCUGGAGCGGCGGAGGGAAGCUUUCGAGGCCGAAGAGGAAGCGCGCCACGAAUACCGUCGUAAAUGGGGAGGGGUAGGAAAGAAAGAACAGGCUGAAGCCGGCGCUGAUGGUCGUCAACAUGGAGACGCGUGUUCCGUGAAGGAUCUUAAGGCGGGCGUUGAUGGGAAGUGGGAAGUUACGGAUGAGCUGAUCGCCACGGUUUUCAAGAUACUUCAGGAUAUUGGUUUGUUCAAGAUCGAAAGUGGGUAA